CAUCGGGGCAGCUUGGAGACUUGGAGGUUUUGAAAUUGUAACGAACCAAGAGAAAAGAAAGAAGAGAGAGACACGCAUACAAAAGGAUUUAUUUCCUAUUCGUUAGUGGAUUGUUAAACCUGAGCGGGAAGGAGGAAAAAACAAGGAAACUAAAAAAUGGAGACUGUAAGUAGAAGCAGCUUCCAGCCUCAUCCAGGACUGCAGAAGACCUUGGAACAGUUUCAUCUGAGCUCUAUGAGCUCCCUGGGUGGCCCUGCUGCUUUCUCUGCACGAUGGGCACAGGAGAUGUACAAGAAAGACAAUGGCAAAGACCCAGCAGAACCUGUACUGCAUCUGCCCCCUAUCCAGCCUCCUCCGGUAAUGCCUGGUCCCUUCUUCAUGCCCUCGGACAGAUCCACAGAGAGGUGCGAGACCAUCCUGGAAGGGGAAACCAUCUCCUGCUUCGUGGUGGGUGGAGAAAAGCGGCUUUGCUUGCCCCAGAUCCUGAACUCGGUGCUCAGGGACUUCUCCCUGCAGCAGAUUAAUUCGGUGUGUGAUGAGCUACAUAUUUACUGCUCCAGAUGCACUGCUGACCAGCUGGAAAUCCUCAAAGUCAUGGGCAUCCUGCCCUUCUCAGCUCCUUCCUGUGGGCUCAUCACUAAAACUGACGCUGAAAGGCUUUGUAAUGCCUUGCUUUAUGGUGGCACCUAUCCUCCCCACUGCAAGAAGGAAUUCUCUAGCACAAUUGAGCUGGAGCUUACAGAGAAGAGCUUCAAGGUGUAUCAUGAGUGCUUUGGGAAGUGUAAGGGACUCUUGGUGCCAGAGCUUUACAGUAACCCCAGCGCAGCCUGCAUCCAGUGCUUGGACUGCAGGCUUAUGUACCCACCUCACAAAUUUGUGGUCCACUCUCACAAAUCGCUGGAAAACAGGACUUGCCACUGGGGCUUUGACUCUGCAAACUGGAGAUCCUAUAUCCUCCUCAGCCAGGAUUACACUGGGAAAGAGGAGAAAGCUAGACUGGGCCAGCUCUUAGAUGAAAUGAAAGAAAAAUUUGACUACAACAACAAAUACAAGAGGAAAGCCCCCAGGGUCCCUUCAGAUCCUCCUGCUUCCAAAAAGCCCAAAAUAGAUGACUCUGCUUCCCAAUCUCCAGCUUCUACUGAGAAGGAAAAACAGUCCAGUUGGUUACGGUCCUUAUCCAGUUCAUCUAAUAAGAGUAUUGGCUGUGUCCAUCCCCGUCAGCGUCUCUCAGCUUUCCGGCCCUGGUCCCCUGCUGUGUCGGCAAAUGAGAAAGAGCUCUCAACCCAUCUUCCCGCAUUGAUCCGAGACAGUUUUUACUCCUACAAAAGCUUUGAGAAUGCUGUGGCCCCCAACGUGGCACUUGCACCUCCAGCCCAACAGAAAAUUGUGAGCAACCCCCCCUGUGCCACAGUAGUAUCACGGAGCAGUGAGCCACCGAGCAGCACUGUCCAGCCACGGAAAAGGAAGCUUGCUGCAGAGAACACAGCUAUCCCAGACGCGGCAGCCACUGUUGCAGCCACUGUUACUGCCACUGAAGAGGAUAAGGAAUCAGAAGCAGAAAUUGAAGUAGAAACCAGGGAAGAAUUCACCUCCUCCUUAUCCUCGCUCUCCUCCCCAUCCUUUACUUCAUCCAGCUCUGCAAAGGACAUGAGCUCACCUGGUAUGCAAGCCCCAGUCACAGUCAACAGUUCAUAUGAGGUUGCAACACAUUCUGACUCUCACAGCAGCGGGUUGGAAGCUGAGCUGGAGCACCUACGGCAGGCCCUGGACAGUGGCCUAGAUACAAAAGAAGCCAAAGAAAAAUUCCUCCAUGAAGUUGUUAAAAUGAGAGUGAAGCAGGAAGAGAAGCUAAAUGCUGCCUUGCAAGCCAAACGCAGUCUACAUCAGGAGCUGGAGUUCCUAAGAGUGGCUAAGAAAGAGAAACUGAGAGAAGCAACGGAGGCGAAGCGCAACUUAAGGAAAGAGAUUGAACGUCUGAGAGCUGAGAAUGAGAAGAAAAUGAAGGAAGCCAAUGAGUCUCGGAUACGACUGAAGAGGGAACUGGAACAAGCCAGGCAGAUCCGGGUGUGUGACAAGGGCUGUGAAGCAGGCAGGCUCCGGGCCAAGUACUCAGCCCAGGGCAUGUGGAAUGCAAGGCCAUCCACUGUUCCAAGCCCCCUGAAAUGACCCAGCAUAACAGGCUGAGCUGAGAGCAGAAUGGCAGCCUCCUGGAUUUCCGUGAGAAACAGCCCUGAAGAGGAAUCCAUUGCAUGCCCUGCCUUCCCCUUCCUCCAAUAAAACAAUCCCAGUUGCCCAGUAAUGCAUUUCCUAUAAAAGGGCGUGGUCCCACACCUAUUGUUAACCCCCUCAAACCCCGCCUCCCUAUAGAGAGGAGCUCCCAAACAGCCCCUCUCCUUAAGGCUAACUCCUUUCCUUGCCAUAGCUGCCUCCCUUGUAGCCUCGCUCUGGCCUGCUCCCACCUAAGGAUCCCUCUGCCAAACCACUGUCCCCAUCACUGGUUCCCAAGCUAAAAGCCUGGCUGAGAAAUGCGUAAAUGAAAGGCAAGGGUCAGCAAGCGUUAGCAACAGAAGAAAAACGUGGCACGCUUGCCUUAAUUUAAACUCCUACAGCAGAUACAUAGCGUCCAUGCAAAUGCCACGUAGGUGUCAUACAUUUGCAAGAUUACCUUGCAUGUUGUAACAUCCCUUGAAUUAAUGGCAACGGCAUCUCUUCUAGACCAUGUUUACUGUAGCAACUUUUCCGCCACGCAUGUUGUUAAACACACACGGUUCAUGAACAUGUCAUUAUGCCCAAAGCAUGAGCUGCAAAUACUUGGCGUGGGCACUUUAAGGAGGGGAGGGAAAGGAAAAGACAAAGCAAUAGCAAUCAGAAAUUCUUCUAACCCCAGGCUCUCAAUAACGGGAAGGGGCGUGGCCCACUUGUACCUCGAUGAGACACGUCUAACCAGGGGACCAGAAGCAGGAAAUGAUGUGGGCUUCCUCUCUAGCAUCACAGGAUGUCUCACUGAUAAGAGGUGUCCAGACUAAACAUAACCAGAUUGAGAGCUGCUGCGCUGGGCGUUACCGACAGUUGACUUCCACUUGAGCAAAAAAAAAGAAAAAAGCAAGGCAACAGCAAGUGCAGAUAGAAGUAAACGCCAUACGUACCAAAUAGAGCUUGGCAAAUCCGCAGGUGUGUCCUCCCUUGCUUUGUGACAGGCAUGAAAGUUUUUGACAACGUGGAUUUACAGUUUCCUAAUACAUUCCCUCCUUGGGAGGGACUAAAUGAGGUUUCCUAAUAUGAAAGGCUAAAGUCACCUUAAAAAGAAGUCAGGUAGCUGCAUAUUCUGCACGUUUGUCUUUUCUACAGACAGACAGACACUAGUGGCACAUUUGCAGUAUCAACUGCAACGUCCUGUUGUAUAUAUGUAUUUAGGCUUGCUGUUAGAGCACCAGAGUGCAGUGCAGCAGCAUGAGGACACUCAUUAAGCCCCAAAUGCAGUAAAGCUAUAUUAGUGCUGUGCUUGGGCAAAAUACCACAUGGCAACUAAUGUCUCAGGGUCUGGAAUAGCUGCUUUAUUUAGCAGCUACCUCAGAGAUUUCUGUGUGGCACUUACUUCAUAGAGAAAUACCUUGCCUAACUUCAAAGUCUGAAUUUUACAAGAUGUCAGUGUGACUUAAAAGUUCUUAAGUCAUGUAAGAAAUUUUAAAAUAAAGCUUUAUACAUCCCUUUAUCUUUAAUUUGGAGUGCACACAGGAAGUUUGUCACUCACAUUGUGUUCAUCACCUCUUAUUAUUUUUGAGGAAACCACAAUUCUCUAGACAGGCUUAGGCCGAGAGAAAUAGCAUUAGGCAAGCAUGAGAGGAAAUAAUAA